AUGCAAGCUCACGGUGAAGGGCAGUGGUGUACAUUUCCCCUUAAAGCAGGUUUGCAACGUUGUGCGAAAGGCUGCAGAUUCGGCUGGAAGAACUAUCUGCGUCCAAAUGUAAAACGGGGGAACAUAUCUUUGGACGAGGAAGAUCUCAUUAUUAGACUGCAUGAGCUCCUUGGCAAAAAGGCAAGAACAAAAGUGGACAGAAUAGUUAUUCCCUGCACUGCCUACACAGAACGAUGCAACGAUGUUGUGGUGGCGCUGAAUGACACAGACUCUUCUGGCAUCUCUGGAAAGGGAUGA